CGCUGCCCUGUGCCGAAGAGGCGGCGGCUCUGGAGGUUCUCAAACCGCCCAGUAAAGCGCUCAGCACGGGCCCUGGAGUCCGUGUUCGCCUGGCCUGUCUUAGCUGCUCGACACUGGAGGGUGUACACCGGGGGUUUGGGUGGAGUUGUUGCCCGAUCUGAGGAAUGUGACGCACCGAAGUGAAGCAGGCGAGCGGUACCCGUCGGUACUUAGAAAACAGACAAGGUCAGCCGCGAAGUUGGGAGGUACGGAGUGGAAACAGGCGAAACUGGGACAAAAGAACUAUUUGUACAGAGGGUUCAAAUUCCUCUUCUCACCCCUGAGCCCUAACCUUUGACCCCACCCAUCUGCAACCAUGCCACACCGAUCUCAGACUUCAUCAAUUGGUGAAAACCCCCUUGACCCAAACUAUCUGGCACCACAUUACCGUGAGGAGUACCGUCUAGCUAUAGAUGCUCUGAUAGAAAAUGACACCCAGGGCUACUGUGAGUUCCUCCAGACUGCAGAUGUGGUCAAUUUUCUGGCACAGCAAGAAAUUGAAUAUAUCAAGUCAACAAUCCAGGCUCCCAACCAGACCUCCAGCUUCCCAGAGCUGGCAUAUCAUGAGGGAGGUCUAGAGGCUGAUGGCUCCUCAGACACCUACUGGCCAAUGCAGUCCGACGUGCCUGCCCCAGGGCUGGACCUGGGCUGGCCCCUGGCGCAGCACAGCUUCAUGGGUCCCACAGAGGUCACCACUCUUGUCAACCCCUCCGAACCAGACAUGCCAAGCAUCAAGGAGCAGGCCAGGAGACUUAUCAAGAAUGCAUGCCAAGUUAUUGCUGUGGUGAUGGACAAGUUCACAGAUGUUGACAUUUUUGCUGACCUCUUGGAUGCAGCAGCACGCCACGUUCCUGUUUACAUUCUACUGGAUGAGCUGGAAGUCCAUAACUUUGUCUCUAUGGUCAUCAACUGCAAAGUCAACUUGGACUUAGUUCCUAUGAUGCGUGUCAGGACUGUGGUAGGAAUAACCUAUUAUUCCCGGACAGGGAAAUCAUUUAAAGGGCAGGUGAAAGAUCGUUUCCUACUGACUGACUGCAGGGCAGUACUCAGUGGCAACUACAGUUUCAUGUGGUCCUAUGAAAAGAUCCAUCGCUGCAUCGCCCACCUCUUUCUCGGGGAGCUUGUUGCCACCUUUGAUGAAGAGUUUCGAAUUCUCUUUGCUCAGUCAGAGCCUCUAGUCAUUGGACCAUCCAACGGAGCACUUGCUGUCUCUGACACCAGCAGCACCAGCAGUUACUUCAGCAGCCAGUUGGGUUUUAAAAGGACCCAGUCUUUGCGUAAUCCCAUAGGUUACCGCAGGCAGCCUGAGACUCCCUCUGCCUUCCCCUAUGGAGACUCUGGUAAUCUUGCACUUCCUUUCCGGAGGAACGACCCAUUUCGUCACACCAUUGAACCUGGGGCAGGAAUUACAAUUGGUAAAUAUUCCCAGCAGCAGUUUCGUCUGCAGCAGUCGUUCCUGGAGCAGGGAAGGUCCAUAGUUUCUAGGCAGAUGGAUAUGAGUUCCAGUGGCUUCAAGCGGCACAGCUAUGCAGAGGGAACCCAGGAAAACUACACAUCUUCAAGGCAAUACAUGAAGCACAGAGUCAUGAAUAAUCUGAACGAGACAGACUUCCACAGGGAGCAGACCCAAAGUAGCCAUUACUACACUGAAGGGCCUGGGCCAGGUUCUGGCCACGGACACUACGACAGACUUCGAGGUUGUCCUCCAAACCUCUCCAUUGACCAGUAUUCAGACUCAAGCUAUCGCUCAGAUCUGGAGCCUCCACCUGGAAACUAUGGCCGAGAUUACUUUUCAUCUGAGGACUUGAGGGCACCUGAGGGGUAUCUGGCACCUCCAUUAGCUGGGAGGUAUGGAGGAGGUUCCUCCCAUAAGAGGCCAACCAUAGGGCAGGCGUAUGCCUGUCACACCUCACCUACGCAGCCCCACCCACCAGAGAAGAAACAGUUUCCCAAACAAUCUGAGGAAGCGCAUGAUCAAGAUGAUGAUGCUAGGCAAGGCCUGAGGAGUUGGCGAAUUCACUCCUAUCUUAGCGCUUAUGAGGACAGUGGAGAAGAAGGUCUGACUCAACCUAUAGGGCCUGAUACAUUUGAAGAUCCUCCUGCAUCUCAGCACCUAACUGCGACUGAAAGUUCAGCUCCCCACUUUGGAAUUAAAGAGCCACCGAAUGUUCCCCCCAAACCCAGACCAGAUAUCCUGAGACCACGCUUUGGAAAGCCCAUCUUACCUGAGAGCAACAGUAAAGACUCUGCCCCAACAACAACCAAGGAUCUGCUUCUGUCGGUUGAGAGGGAGACGGCGAAGGAAAGGGAGAGUGAGCCAGAGCGGGGUGCAGCAAGGGAGGUGGGUGUGGAUGUGGAGAUGAAAGAGGCUCCAGAUCUCCUCCGGUCCAAACAUGAAUCAUUCCGCUCACGUGUUAACCCACUCCUCCAGCGUAGCUCUCGUCUGCGUUCUUCGCUUAUUUUCUCAUCUUCCAAGGCAGAGAUACACAGUAGUAGCCUGGGCUUAAAACCAGCCACAGAGGAAGAAGAGGAGUUAGACUCAAUACGCACCUCCUCAAUUGUGGCCCAGAUCCUAGAAAAGAGGAGGUCUCGGGAGCCUUUUGAGUGGAGAAAGAAGGCUGAGGAAACAGAUAAGGAGAAAGAAAGGGAGAAUGAGAAUGAGAAUGAGAAAGAAGAAAAAAAGAGGGAGGAAGAGCCACAGCAAGAGAAAAUGGAGAUUCGAUUGACAGAUGAGAUAAAAGCAAAAGAGGGGCCUGAGAAAACUAAUGAAGAGGUAAAGCCGACACCAACUGUCGAGAAAUCUGAAGUUACGACAUUAUCAUCUCUGAACAUGAAUGACCCAGCCAGUCGACUACAGUAUUUCAAAGAGCUGGCUGCCAAGAGAAAAACCUCAAAUGUGGGGACAGAGUCAUCGCUAAAAGACCCGGAGCCUGCUGAAAAAAAGCCAGACCUUUCUGAUAAACCCCCCCUAAACACUGUGACGACUCCAAAGAUCCGAACUGUCUCUCUUAGUUCAGCAGAAUCUGAACCAAAGAAGCUAGACAUCUCUGCAAAACUGGCAGAGCUCACUCGCAGACCUUCGAUUAGUUCCUCAAAACCACCCAUAAUCUCUGCCAAGCCUUCUGCGAGCUACCUGAAGACUUCAGAGACAACUCAACCUCAUAAAGAGGAGAGUGCAUCAGAGGGUCAAAAGAAGGAUAUAUUCAAGUCUCUAAAGCCCCUUCCUUCACCUAAGAUCUUUAAGAGGGACCCGUUGAAGAUCAAAGGACUGAAUCCUCGUCGCAUCUCUUGUGGUGAGGAGACUCUGACCACAGACGCUACAGAUGCAGAGAAGAGUGAACUGAAAAAGAGCCGCUCUCAUAGUUCUUCAACUCUGCCUCGUGAUGACAUUAAGGAAGGACUUCAAAAAGUUAUGGGAUCUAAUACAUCCAUCAACACACUUGGGGAGGGAAAGGGUGAGGGUAAGACACUUGACUUCUUAAAGAAGCAGACUCAGAGGCUAAAGGGAUUCCUGGGGCCCAAGGAUAAAGACAAGAAGUCUUCAGGAGACGAUAGGGGCAUGACCACCGUCAUAGAGAUCACUGGAGAUUCAAGCAAAAGUUCAACAGCUAAAGAUACAGGAUCUACCACUACCGACCAAACUGCAGCCAAUCACAAGACAUCAACCGGCACAUCAGGCCCAUCUCGAUACCAGGCCCCGGGCAGCUCUGUUCUGUUCAGUAGCAACCUACGAGAUGACACCAAAGUCAUUCUAGAGCAGAUCUCAGCCAACAGCCAGAAGAACCGACAAGAACGAGAAGAAACAGGAGGAGGCAGAGAUAGUGAUGCUGGGGAGAAGGGGCUGGAGAGACAGAACUCUAUCAAAAAGAAUCGAUUUCUGCGACCGCAGGGCAGCGUCCAGGAGCGGGAGGGAUUGCUGAAGAGGAUAGAGAGUUUGAGGAAGGAGAAGAAGGUCUACAGUCGUUUUGAGAUGGGGAAUAACCUGGGAUAACGAAAAAGAUGGAGGAGCAACCUUUUAUAUGGAAACUAUUUAUGCAAGAUGAUCAAAAAGACCCAUUGUCCAUAUGUGCCACUGACACAUUCAAAGUACCUCUGUGGCUCCACGAUGCAGCCUCUCCUGGAUUUUCACAAAAAGUAAUAAAACUUGAAUAUAUAAAAAUGCUGAAAACAAACUUAAGUCAUUGAGUUUGGAAUGUGCCUGUAUGCCAAGACCUGCUACUACUGUUACCAUAUAUGGUGACUGAGAGAAAGAAGAGUGACACUACUUGCAUACUGGUUUUGUGGGCUAAUGUUUCACGAAAAAGAAAAGGGUAGGGGAGAAUGUGUCCUUUGGGAUUCACCGUGUGCCAAUGGCCCACCAAGGGCAUUACCAAGGUUAGAAGGACUGUUAUUAACCCAAACCACAAAGCGAAGCUGAGAAUAUGAAGAGGAACAGAAUGAGAUGCAGAAUUGAUGAAGGGUGAAAAUAUAAGGGCAAGUCUGUGAGAUUAUAGAGAAUGAAGAGUGAGACAAAAAAGUGAGAAAGUAUGUUUUCUAACGUUGAGGCGGCAGCAAUAGAGCUUCCAUAGAAAGUAGAGAGUGUAGAGAACUUUACCCUCUCAAGAGAGAGUAUGUACCUUUCUAUUAAGGCGUGGACCCAUUUCUCAGGGUUGAAUUCAGAGAGGAGACCUACAAGCUUUUAUGGUCAGAGGAGUGGCAUUAAAAAUAGUGUACUAGUCUUUGCCUUGAGUAAUUUAAAUAAAGUAUUUACAGUUGCCCUGAAUCACUGUAAAAAGUAGACAUAAAAGCGUCCACCCGUUUCUCCUUCCUUGCCAGACUUUUAAAUUAGUGAGGACCUCUAAAGGAAAGGAAGAGAAAAAGGAUAGCUGCCUUUUGUAGUACCGGAGCAAGGUCAUGUGUCCUUAAAUAAGUCACCUAACCUCUGAGGCCGAAGCCCUAUGCGGGACUCUUUAGUCCUGUGUUGAUCUGUAAACACGAUUAAGCCAAAGAUAUUGUUCUAUGGUGCAGUUCCCAGACUGCUUGACAGCUCAGCUGGGCCUCAAACUGUUUAGUGUUUAUUGUGUAUUUGUACAGUUCAUCAAAAGAUUGGAAGAACUAUUGCUCUUUGGACACUUAAGGGGUUACGCUGUUUUCUAUGCGGGAUUGUAAUGUACAUAUUUAUAUGAAUAUGGCUUGGUGAUAUUCUAAGUAACAAAUUAGAUUAUCACCCUCACUGUCUUAUCAAAGUGCCUUGUGUUAUUAAUUAAUAUGUGGUCGUGGCUGUAAAAACUAAUUGGCAUUAAUUGGUGGGAAAUCAGACGCACGUAUUCUUUUUUAUUUUUAAACCUAAGAUAGUAUUACAUCGUAUUUGAAAUACUGCAAAAGUCUUUUAUUAAAUCUGUUUAAAACUGAAGUUGAAUGUGGCUGUGUGCACAUGUAUACAAUAUGUGUGUAUAUUGUAGUGAAUGGUUGUAGUGUUAGGCUCUUUAAGAUUCAUAAAAUAAAACCCAUUUGACAACAA